AUGCGGGCGUUGGACGGGCGUAACGGCAGCUUCAGCAGCAGCGGCGACAGUAAUGGCAAUACCACUAAUUAUACCAAUGGCAUCAGAUCCCAUAGCCAGACAGGACCUUCAACGGCUAUGCCAGGACUAGCACCACCGUUGUCACAAUCGCAAUUGGUAUUCCCGCCGGCAUUCCCACACCCUUCAGUGCAGACAGCCAAUGAACCUCCAGGAUGGCCAUCGGAAAUGCCGUCUGCUGCGUGCGGCCCGGAAUCCGCUUCCAAAGGGACCACAGGUAGACAGUACAUGGUGGCACAUCCGUUCACAGCCACACCGGUGUGCUCCACUACUUCUCGUAAUGGCAGCAUUGUAGCCGGACCGCAGAUAUCACCACGCGAGGUGUAUCCACCCCAUUCGCUGCCUUCCCUACAGCAUCAAAAUCAGCAUCAGCAUUCACAUCCACAUUCACAUCCACAUCCACAUCUAUUCCCACCUCUGGCACAACAAACACACCGUUUCCGUAGUUGGAGUGGAGCUGGCGAUGGAGCCGUUCCAAACGACAACAACGAGAAUCCAGCCUGGAUGACUGACAAAGAGUUCGCUACAACAACGUUCCGUUGCAACUUAUGCGUAAAGUCAUUUAGGCGUCGUUCGUGGCUCAAAAGGCAUUUAUUGUCGCACUCGAGUUUCAAGCCACAUGGCUGCCCAUGGUGUCAGAGCCGUCACAAGCGACGCGACAACCUUUUCCAGCAUAUGAAGACGAAGCACCCGCGAGAAGUACUUCAAGAACUAUACAAAACGGGCAAUUGCGUCAAUAUGUCAGAUAUCGAGCAGUUCAUGUCUUCGGGUCCUCUUUUUGAGGAUGGUGCAACCGGCAUAACUGGACCCAGCAUCCGGACUUUGGUCGAACAAGGCCGCGUCCGUAAAGAUCGAGUUAAAAUUGUACUUAAUGAGCUGGCAACGAGGUUCAACGGAGAAGACACAGACGAAUAG